AAAACAAAAUGUCAUGGGAGUUAUCUACCUUGACAGACCUUCCUUUGUAGGCCCUUAUCAUGUUCUGUGUUUGUGUAAAACCACAAACAUAAAACAUUCCUAAAUAACUCACACUGACUGUGAUUAAAUGAUAAGAAACAUGUUGGAACCAUAUGUUCAUAUUGGGUGUACAUAUGUGUGCCAUUUCUUGCUAAUUUCCUAUUUUACAGUUUUCUGGGUUAGUGCAGACCUAAUCUUUAUUUCUUUUGACUGAACAAUAAUGGUAACAUUUUGUUAUUCUAAGAAUAAAGACAUAUGAAAGCUAAACACUAUAUUGGAUCAUUUCCUGUUGCGCUGCAGCUCAGAGGGACGUUUCCUGUAUCUACAGCCUUAUGAGUUCUGCAUCACACUCAUUUAUAGUGUGUGGUAAAGUUUACUGUGCUGCACAACAUCCCUUCAGCGUUGCAUUCAAAGCACUCACGCUUGCUCGAUUUUAAAAAUAACCUCUCUAGUCUGCUUUUUGCCCAAUCAUACAUUGUAGUAACAGAAACGCAGUUGUUGUGCGAAGGAAAAUUGAAUCAAAACCAAAAACUGGAUUUCAGUUGCCUUACAGGGGAACAAAAAUACCACAAGGAAAAGAAAAUUAAUGUUUUCACUUUGUAAUAUGAUGAAAUUGAGUAUCUGGCUCCCCAUUUGUCUGCAGAAUAAUUUCUUGUUAUUUAUUAAAACUUACUCUAUAGAGAAAUAAAGAAUCAAAUUUAAGUCAAUUUACUUCUGUAGUCAGUAACCACAGAAAAAAACUGCGUUUAAACUGUGUUUAGCUCAGAGAGGAAGUUAAACAAGGGACUCAGUAUGCUCUCUGAUUGAGCGGACCUCAGUCUGCAUGGUGAUAAAAAAAAAAAAAAGAAACAGGGAGGGGAGGAAAAGAUUUUGAUCACAUGGCCACGAAGUCAUUCUGAAAGUAUGCUGGCAGGGUAUUGGCCACAGAAAUAUAAAAGUCCUUCACAGUGAGCUACCGUGUCUAUAUAGUGAGCAUCAUUUUCAGAGCUUUGAGUCAACCAGCAGAGUCGGGCUGGUGGAUACAAAACAGAGACGAAAGGGUGACGAAAGCAAAAAUGUCUAAUCAAAGCCUUGACCUGUCGACCACUCAGAGGAGCAUCACGCCUCCAUUCUCCAGCAGUUACACCAUCUGGUACAACACCCCCACUUCAACAGUCUCUUCUACCUCUCAGUUAGACAUCAUUGCAGCGAAUGACAUAACCUCCAGAGCAAACUAUGUCUACAGUUUCUUGGCUGGGCUAGGCUUCAUCGCAGGCUGCUUCGUGCUCUACAGCUUCAUCCAGACGUACAGAGCCCAAAGACGGCUGGCCUGGCUCGACUCCCUGCUCUGGGCCUUUUGUGGCUUCCAGCUGCUGCUCUUGCUCCUCUCUCUCCACGCUGUGGCCUACAGACCGGACUACAUGAAGACCACAGGUUUGGGCUGUGCUGCUCUCUCCUUCACCAUCAACACAGUCUCUCUGUGCGGCCUGCUGGUCUUAGUGUUAAUGGCUUAUGUCCUAACCCUGGAUCCACCAUCCCACGCCCUACUGAGGAAGCCUGGGGUGUGUGCAGCUCUGGUGAUCCUGACUUCUGUCUUGAUUUGUCUGCUGCUGGCUGGGCUUCGUGGACCGAGCCAAGCAAGUCUGCAGGAAGAGGACAAAUGUUUUAUGGAUCUAGUCUCUAAUGAUGUUUCUUAUGCAGCCGCUAGGUUGAGCCUGGCUUUUUUGAUUCCCUACAUCUUCCAAGUAGGACUUCUGAUAGGUGGCUGCGUCCGGCAGUGGAAAUCUAAAGGCCGUUUUCUCUCCGGCUCCGAGGAGGGUCCGGUGUUCCUGACAGUCACCAUGGUCAUGUUCUUCUGCCACCUCUUCUACAGCGUGGCGCUGGUGAGAGGAGCACAACUAAAAACGCUGGGCCAUCUUGAGCGUGCGUUUCUGAGCGUGGCUGAGUUUGUUUUGUUCUCAGGCAGCAGUGCCAGCCUGCUGCUCGUGCUGCUCAUGCACAGGCCGUGUCGAGAGAGUCUCCGCGGAGUGUUUAGGCAGCUGAGGGACUGCUGUCGGAGCACAGGGCACACGCAGCCCAACAGAAACAUCAUAGCUCCCCACAUUGAGAUCACAGACACGUUGCAGGACAUAGAGUCAUAGAGGACAAGAACCCUCUCAUCUCUGAGAACAGAACUCUUCCAAUGGAUCAAAUUAAAGACUAUUGACACAUGACGUAUUAGACAUUUUCUUAAUGUAACUUCAACGCUUUUGCUGUUUCUCUUAAGUGACAAUGUAAAUGUUUUUACAUACAUGCAUCUUCUUUAUAGUGUCUCCCGGGACUGAAAGUUAUUGUACAUUUUUAUUUUACAAAAAAAUAAAUGUUUUGCUGUACAUCCUC